CGCGCUGCCCCGCCCUCUACACUUCUCCCUCGCAACGGACUCUCCCUUCAAACGGGAAACAAGAUGGCGGCGGCAGGUCCGAGUACUCGGGCCUCUUCCGCAGCGGUAGCUACGGCUCUGAGUCGGCGGGGCCGGCGGGGUCGCUGUGACGAGAUGGCGGCAGCAAAGACUGGGGUCUCGGGCCCGGCCUCUGGCCCCGCGUUGUUGGUACUGCCGUCGCCGCCGCCUUCGCGACCGGAGGAGUCGGGCUGCGCCCUGUGCCUGGAGACUCCGGGGGAAGCGGCGGCCCUGCCGUGUGGUCACUCGCUGUGCCGAGGCUGCGCCCAACGCGCCGCCGACGCGGCGGGCCCCGGCUGCCCGCGCUGCCCCGUGGAACUGCGCUGCCGCCCGCGCCGGAACGGGGGCGCGGCCGCCGCGGGGCCCAGGCCGGAGCAGGAGGCGCGCGCCGCGCCCACGGAGCCAGAAUUUAUAUUCAGAGCACCAAUCAAAUUGAGCAAGCCUGGGGAACUUCGUGAGGAAUAUGAAUGCCUGAGAAAGCUGAGAGAAGAAAAGUUACAAGAGGAGAAAACCUCUGAAGAUCUAAUCUAUAAGUUGUUACCAGAAGAUACAGAAACAGGGAAGAAGAAAGUGGAUGAACAGAAAAAAAGAGAUGAGCCAUUAGUUCUAAAAUCAAAUCUGGAACAUUGUCUUGCACGUCUCUCAGACUCAGAGAAUGAAGAACCUUCUCGAGGCCAGAUGAUGCAGCCACAUCGCUCAGCGUUUGUUUCCAAGAACAACUCCUACUCCAUAGCUUUCCUGGCAGGGAAGCUAAACUCCAGGGUUCAGAGGAGUCAGAGCUGCAGUGACACAGCUCAGGACAGAGUGAAGAGCAGACUGAGAGCGGCUCCAACCAAAAAAGCCAAGGUCACAACUAUGAAUCCAGCCUCCAACCCCAUCAUUGGUGUCCUUUUGUCCACUCAGAACAACCGCUGUCUCUCAGCACCUGACUUAACCAUUGAAAAGCGUCUGCCCUUCAGCUCCUUUUCAUCUUUGGCUUCCCUGCAUAAGCCAGAGCGCUCCAUUAGUCCUGAGAGCAAUGACAGCAUCUCCGAAGAACUAAACCAUUUCAAGCCCAUUGUCUGCUCACCAUGUACUCCUCCCAAGAGACUCCCUGAUGGCCGUGUACUAAGUCCCCUCAUCAUCAAGUCAACACCUCGAAACUUAAACAGAAGCCUGCAGAAACAGACUUCUUAUGAGGCCAGUCCACGGAUCCUCAAAAAGUGGGAGCAGAUCUUUCAGGAGCGACAGAUCAAAAAGACCCUUUCAAAAGCCACUCUCACUUCCCUGGUCUCUGAAACAGGGGAAGACUUACUAAGUUCUGAAGUUACCCACCCUAGCAAGGAGAAGCCACUUCUGGCUUUAAAUACAAGACUGUCCAGUGGGCAGAUACUUUCUGAGUAUACUGGACCCACCUCCACUGACCCUGAGUAUUUCCCCUCUGUUAGCCAAACACAGGCAGAACAGGGCAGUGAUAGUAAAAGAAGCACUGAGAUCCCAUUGGAAACCUGUUCCUUAGAACUCAAAGAGGGAAUCAGAGGGACUUCUUUGAAGGGGGAGCAACUUGAGGGGUCAGGGUCAACCCCAGAUGCUAAGUUAGACAAAACCUGUAUAAGUACAGCCAUGAAAAUAUCAGCAGUUAAUUCAGUGGCACCAAAAAGCAAUGUUUUGGGUGGGGUCCUCAAAACAAAAAAACAGCUGAAGACAUUAAAUCAUUUUGAUCUGGCUAAUGGUGUUCUGGAAGACAGCCUAGGAGAGGAACCACUUCCUUCUUUGCGUCGGGGACAGAAAAGACGUUGUAAGACCAAGCACCUGGAACAAAACGGCUCUCUCAAGAAACUGCGACAAACCAGCAGUGAGGUUGGUCUGGCCCCAGCAGACCCAGUACUGCGAGAGAUGGAGCAGAAAUUGCAGCAAGAGGAAGAGGACCGGCAGUUGGCCCUGCAGUUGCAGCGCAUGUUUGACAAUGAGAGGCGGACUGUGAGUCGCCGAAAAGGAAGCGUGGAUCAGUAUCUCUUACGGUCCAGCAGCAUGGCUGGGGCCAAGUAGCACUUAAUGAACAGUGUUACCUAUUUUUAAGAGGUCUUUGGUCUUGAUCAUUUAUCUGAAGAGUUGAGUGUUCUCACUUUGGGUUUCAUUUAAUGCAAAAUACUGUCUAAUAUGGUUUUGAGAGGUACCGGGGCCUUGUUAGUCAAAAUCCAAGGCAACUGCCUCUCUGUUCUUUGUGACCCAAACCAGAAGCACUCCUCACCCCCUAAUUGACUACCCCCUUCUGAAUGCUUCUGGGCCACAUCUGGCAGUACCCACUUGGAAUGAGAUUUGGAAUGGCCUCAUUCAGAAGCAUAAUGAUCAGAGUUAGAAAUGGUAAAGGAAAGAGGGGAUACCUUCUCAAACUGAUGACCUCCUGACUUCUUUCAACAGGGUGUUGUUUUAAAUCAACCUUGCAGAUAAAAAUUAAUUACAUCUUUUUCAAAGAAGUGGAGCAGUCUAGUACUUUGGAAGAUCCAAAAUGACAGAUUAUGUUCCUCUUUUUUCUUCCCCUUACCACAAAUAACAAUACCUACUUAAAUUGAUUAAGCAUAUGCUUCUAUGAAAGUUAAUUUACAUUCUCUGCUUAAAAAAAUAACAUAUGAUUAAUACUGUAUGGUUUCCAGGGCACAUUCAUAGACAUUGUUUAAUUUGGUCUCCCUAAGAGACCUAACUUGUAAGUGGUAUUAGCCCCAUUUUUAGAUGAUGAAACUGCAGUGCAGAUGUUCAGGUUCUCUCUACUAAGUGACAUAGCCCAGACUGACUACUGGGUCUCCUGACAACAAAUCCCAUGGAUUUUCUACACUAACAGGUUACCCAAAUGGACUGCAACCCAAGAGCAUGACAGGGGUACCUAGGGAGAGCUGGCCGGGCUUAAACACCGAUAGUAUAAAGUCUAUAUGAAAGAAGUUAAGAUUGAUAGAUAAACAAACAUAUACUGUGCAAUUCUGCCCUCUCCCCCCAGUUUACAGUCUUCUGUUUUCCUAGGGGUUCCAGCCUAUGAGACAAACCACAAUGGGGCUUCAUUAUUACUUUCCAUAUGGGUAAUAAUUAUCUGCAAUGUUGAUCUAAAAUCCUAAAAAAUUGCCCCAAAGUCAGGCAAAGAGCAGUGCUGAAACUCCAUAGUAUGGAAACAAGGUAUCUAGCUGGAUGCAGCUGGUAAAUUCAGUCCCAUGGACCUUUGGGGUUUAUUUUUCUUAGCAGCUGACACCAUGUGUCUUUUGCAUCCCUGGUGGUGCUUGGUGCUUCUGCCCAUCUGGGCUCAUUGAGAAUAAGGAUUAAGAUAGGAGUUGAGGGAAUCUCAGAUGGGCUGGCAUUCCCUGUGUAUGUAUGAGUUGUUGCUAUACCUAUGUGACUGGCAUUUUAACAAACCUUCCAGAAUUUAUAUAUCCCAAUGUAUGCUGUCCUAGAGUAGCCCCAGCAGAAUACUGCAUAGUUUUUCUAAGGAUGUUGCCUUUGGUGAAAACAUUUCUGAAACUGUCUUCAAAGUGUAAAGACAUUUAAAGACAUAGACUCUCUUAUAAAGUGUUAGAACUGGAAAGGACCUUAAUGGUUGUCUGUUCUAACCUCUUCCUUUUACUAAGGCAGAGGCUGAAGUCCAGAACAGACUCACUGCUCAAGGGAGUAUCUAUAGCACCUUCUUCUCAGAGCAGAUCUUCAAUUUUUUGGAGUUAUAAGAGAGAGAAAUUUAAGUUUGAAAAUAGUGAGAAGCUGUUUGAAGCCUCUGGGAAAGAAGGUGUGUUUAUUAAGAGGGUUUGGAGUCAUAAAUGAUUGCCACUGUGAAGCAUUUAGAGCCAUUUUCUUGUGCAGCUCAUAGUUCCCAAACAGCUCCCAAAGAGAAAUUCCAGAGAUACCUGAAGCAUUGUGGUCAUCACUGAAAUAUGUGGGUCUUUCCAGUGACUACUUUGGUGGGGAACAUCACUCACCUGAAUGUAUGUAUUGUGUGUGUGUGUGUGAACACAUGUAUGUACAUAUGUAUGUUUAUAAAGGCAUACAUCAAUCUCAUUACUUUAUAUUCACACCACUUAAUUUUUAGGUCCUACACAACUUAUGACCUCCAAGAGCUGCUAUAGGGCAUGUUAAUGCUCAAAAUAGAAGAGCUGGCACUGAUCUGCAAAGGACAGGAAGGGUGACCUUAAUAAAUGCCCAUAGAGGAAACUUAACUAUUACUGCUAUUUCAGGUAUUUCUUUUUUGAUCCUAGUAAAUAUUAUUGGAAGAUAUUAAUCUUGUUGGUGGUAGCAAAGACACUCAAUUUUACCUCUUGCCAUCUUUUUCUGUUGCUCCAAUAAUUUGAAAAACACUUUUCAGUUGGAACUGAUUCUUUGCUUUGGUAAAAAGAAAUAUUUUAAUAGAUGAAGGAUGUAUUUCAAAUAUUUUUCCAUUAAUACUUUCACUUUAAGAACCUGCAUUAGCAACAAGUUUAGACUUCAUAUGCAGAGUAAAAAGCUAUUACUUUUAUUUUUCUUUGGUUCCAGGGAUUGAACUCAGAACCUUGUGCUUUCGAGGCAGGUGCAGUGCCACUGAGCUAAAUCCCUAGCCCAUAAAGCUAAUUCUUGUUAAGUGAAUGUUAUAAACAUUAGGUUCAACUUACUGUCUUUCCUCUACAUACCUACUGUAAUGCUGAAGAUGGUAGAGAUGUUAUUUUCCACACUUCCUGCUGAGCAGUAGUCCUUUAAAUAUAGGCAGAGCUAUUUAGUUUAAGGAGGAGAGAGACUUAAUCUAUAUCUGCUCAGCUUUGGAGGAAGCGGGGAACAAACCACUAAGGUAUUGUCUGUAUUUUAAGAUGCUUUGCAUACUUAAAAAUGCUUUUUCUUUCUGAAGAAUUAACAUUUCUUGUUUCAUUGUCAAGUUGGUCACAAGAGUUGUUGACAUGAGUUCUUUGGUGGGGUGGGGAAGAAAAAUACAAGGAAGGAAAACCAAAUGAUGGGGAACAAUGGUAUGCUAGAAUAAGAGAUACAGUAUUUCACCUAUCAAGCAUUUAAAAAUCAUUGAAAUUCAAGUCAUUCUACAAUCUUCCCUUGUCUUACUAACUGUUCUUGUGUAUAGGGAUUCUUUUCUUAUUAAAGGGGAAGUCAUGAGAGAUGGGAGGAUAGGGGCCAUACUGGUGGGAAAUCCCAAGAAAUGUGGCACCCUCAGAAGGGGUGUUCUUAGCCCUUUUCCACAGAGAAGGAAAGACAUUUUGGGAACAUGUUCCAUGACGCAUUGAUUGUAUCUGUUAGAAGACAUAUGGGCCUGUUGGGUUGGCAUCAACUCAGAGAGGGUUAGGCACCCAGUCCCCUGGCCCCUUUAAUUACCUCUUUAAAAUAUGAUUAAGCCUUUUUGGCUGAGGCUUGCCAGGGAAAGGUUUUCUAAGUGGCUUCAUUUAUUUUUUUAAUUUUUAAAUUUUUCCUUGGAAGAAGUACUAGUCAUAAAGUGUUUUCUUUUGUUUUUGUUCAUUUUUCCAUAUAAAAAUGCCCCUAAGAGAUUAAAGCACUUAAGUAAUUGCUGUCUGCUUACAAACUAGCAAACCAACUAAAACAGGAGACUGCUACUGUUGUCUGGUUGCUUUUCAUCCUUUCAGUUCCUUUGACAGAUUACUUCUUAGGCUCUUAAGUUUGUGCCAACCCUGUGCUGGAUUGUGGAGAUUCAAAGAUGGAAAGAUAGUCCUUGAUCUUCAGGAACUCAGUGUCCAGUGGAAUAUAUUUGAAUGUAUGUGUAGUUGGAGAUUGUGUUAAUGGUCUUAAAAAAGGCCAUUUCUUUUAUAACAGUGUUCUUCAAUGGUCUUGUUUAGGAUGCCCUAUACCUAGCAGGCUGCCUUGAACUUUUUAUAGAGACCCACCAGUAUUUAUGAAAUUGAUCAUAACAUUGCUUUCUAUUCCCUAAGUAAUUUUACCAGGGGAGAAUGAAUCUUCUCCUGUAGUAAUUAUGGAACAAUAUAACUUCUCUUCAGGAGCAGCUUUUAGUUCAAGCACCAAGAAAUGAGGCAGGUUUAGAUUGCUGACAUGGUCACAGGUGGUCCACCCCUUAUUUUAGUAACCACCUAAUCUCUUCCCCAUCCUGACCUCUCAUUAGAGCUGGUAGCAACUUGGGAUUUCUUUCCUUUUUACUGUUGGCUCUUCAUUGCAGUGGAAGGCCAGCAGGAAGCAGGAGGAAGAAAAAUAAAGGCUACAUUAUAAUCAUGGUAUAUUCCAGCUAGAAUAGCAUGGAAACUAUCAAACUUCCUCUAUCCCUCUUUUUUUUUCUUUCUUUUUUUUUUAAACAAAUGAUGAUCUGGUGCCCUGUGUACUAUUUUAUGUGUAGUGUUUUGGGGCCUGAAUAAAUAAAGUUAUGCAUGCAACACGAUUUGCAAAUGAAGGGGACACCCAAAUUAAAAGGAACUUUUAAAAGUAG